UUCACCUUAAAAUAUGUUCACUUUGCUAUUUUGUUAUGUUUGUUUGCUUGAAUACGUCCACUGCGACCUAAAAGUAAGGUGGGAUGUUUUAAUUUUAAUUCUACAGGCAUAUGAUGUUUGCUAGAGAGAAGUUUCUUGAAUUAACAGCUCUUGACUCAGUCCAAAAUCUAUCACACGGGUGUGAUUUAACAACCAUGAUUAUUUCACAAAGACUUUUUGUUUUGUGGGUAGCCAAAUAAUCUAGAAAUCCUUAUCUUUCUUAAGGCUAAGGCUAUAUAAACGUCAUUGUGGUUGUGGGGAAAUGGCAGGAUUUCAAAGCAGAAAAGGGCAGUCAAGCUGUGGAAAAACAAUGGCUUAUUACUUGUCAUUGUGGGGUUUUUAUGUUUUUAGUUUGAUUACUGUUGCACAGUCUAUACAAAGUGGAAAGACAUGGAAAGGUAGGAAGAAUUUUGAGGUUAGUCAAAAUUUGGUGACCCAAUUGCCCGGGCAGCCUAAAGCAGCGUUUAAUCACUAUUCGGGUUAUGUGACUGUCAAUGAAGAAAAUGGUAGAGCUCUCUUCUAUUGGUUCUUUGAGGCUGCUACUCUCAAAGAAGAAAGGCCUUUGGUCCUGUGGCUUAAUGGAGGUCCAGGUUGUUCUUCUGUGGGUUAUGGAGCAACACAAGAGAUUGGACCUUUCCUUGUCAAUGAAAAUGGGACUGGACUUUCUUUCAACAAGUUCUCAUGGAACCAAGAAGCCAAUUUAUUGUUUUUGGAAUCUCCUGCGGGAGUGGGAUUUUCCUACUCGAACAAAUCAUCCGACUACAAGAUCUUAGGGGAUAAUAUGACCACUGAGGAUUCAUACAUGUUCCUGCAAAACUGGUUUGGAAUUUACCCCGAGUACAAAACACAUGAAUUCUACAUUGCAGGGGAAAGCUAUGCAGGGAAAUAUGUGCCUGAGCUUGCAGAACUCAUACAUGAUCGCAACAAAAUAUCCUCCACAAGCCUUUAUAUAAAUCUGAAAGGUUUCAUGGUGGGUAAUCCAGAGACACAUGAUGGAAAUGAUUGGCGAGGUCAAAUGGAUUAUGCAUGGAGCCACGCAGUUGUUUCUGAUGAAACCCACAGAAUCAUCACAGACAACUGUGAUUUUGAUUCCGACAAUCCAUGGAGCAACGAAAACUGUACAAAUGGAGUAAAUGAAGUUUUUUCUCAGUACAAUGAGAUAGACAUGUAUAGUCUGUAUACUCCUAAAUGUAUUCACAGGAACUCUACAAAAAAUAAAAAGCACGGAGGGAACCAGUUCAAAUAUUCCACCAACAAGAUGAUGAGGAGGAUGGCCGGUGGAUAUGACCCUUGUCUUGAUGACUCUGCCCAAGUUUAUUACAACAGCUUUGAUGUUCAGAAAGCUCUUCAUGUCAUCAAUGGCCCGCAGCUUAGAAACUGGAGUAUAUGCAACAUGGAUAUCUUCAAUGGGUGGAAUGACACCCGAUCAUCUGUAUUGCCAGCCUAUCUUAAGCUUAUUGAGGCUGGUCUCCGAAUAUGGGUUUACAGUGGGGACACAGAUGGGCGUGUUCCAGUACUAUCAACAAGAUACAGUUUAAAUGCUCUGCAACUUCCCAAAAUAGGUCCUUGGCGACCAUGGUAUCAUCAUGGGCAGGUUGGUGGGUGGAUUCAGGAAUAUGAGGGCCUCACUUUUGCCACGUUUAGAGGUGCUGGACAUGCAGUACCACUGUUCAAACCAGGCAAUGCGUUGGCUUUCUUCAGGUCUUUUCUUUUAGGGAAAGCUCUACCAAAUCGAAGGCAAUAAUAACUACCCUUCAAAUUAUUCUGUUUUUCCUCUUUAACAUAUUCUCACAAAGACCAUACUUUGUGUAUACCCUAAAAGUAUAUAUAGAAUGGAGGUACAGCAGGUAACAAGCGGGAAAAAAACUUAACAUUUUUAUGUAAAUAAUAUGAUAACCAGAAGCACAAUUUCCAAAGGCGGGUCCAUUGGAGAAUAAUUGCGAAGACUGAGACAGUCAAGCGUAGAAUAUAAUAUAGAAAGGUGCUGGUCUAUUGUGCUCCUGCUACUUGCAGCUUUGCCAUAGAUUGCGUUUAAUGGUAAUUACAGCGUUGAAUAGCUAUUGUAGAUGUGACUCCAUGGUUAAUGCGAUUUUGGGUGGUACGACCCAUCUAAUCAGAAGACUGUGAAUUAAGUUCCAAGAUGAUAAAGUAAAAAUAGUGAGGAUUGACGUGUACCAUGCAAGUCAUGCGUCUUUUGGCUCUUCCAAAAUCUACCAUGCCAGACAGGAUGUGAUAUGCAUAAUGGUCACCAAACCAUUGUCUCUUUGGUAUAACCAGGAUUGAUGGACAUGAUAUAAAGAGUCAUGUGUUGGGGAUUAUGUUCUGAUCUCUUUCCUCUUGGAGAUGUCUUUCAGUUUUGGUUGUUCAAAGAGUACAUGUACUCUGAGCUCUCCAGAAAGUGAAGUUAUCUAAUUUC